AUGGCGCUCCGACGACCACAUCGGAAAUCUCGUCACGGCUGUGUGGAAUGCAAGCGGCGACGAUGCGAUGAGACCCGACCCUCAUGUUCCAAUUGCGCUAAGCGCCAUGCCGAAUGUGAAUAUGAGUCGUCAAGCUCUCUCCUCUGGGCAAAUGAAGAGGCCUCCCGCUCUCGCGCCUCCGGGUCAGACAGCGGCCACCGAGAGGAAUCCCUAGGGCAAUCCCCCUCAAAUCCAGAAACCGACUCGCUCGGAAUCCUCAGCCAUCUCAGCGGAAAUGCGUCACUGCCCAGCCCGACGCUGAACUUCCACGACCUAGAGCUGAUGAUGCAGUGGUGCAACACAACGUACCACACCCUAUCCCGCGACGAGCGCACAGAUCCAGUCUGGCGCAAUAUCGUUCCAGAAGAAGCCCUCUCACACCCCUUCUUAAUGCACGGCAUCCUCGCCGUCUCAGCUCUCCACCUCGCCAGGACAAGUCCAGACCCAACCCAUCGAGCCUCGUAUCUCAACCGCGCAGUAGCCCACCAGAACCAAGCCCUAGCGCUGUUCCGCGAGCUCCUCGGUGACGUCAACGAGAACAACGCAAAAGCAGUGUUCGCCUUCGCUGGCAUCGUCGCCGUCUACACGUUCGGGUUCCCGCAUACGCCAGACGCACAGGAUGCCUGGGCCUGCGUGGACGAUCUAUACCAAGUCCUGAUCCUAACACGCGGCGUGCACCAGGUUAUCUAUGCGCCGCGGGAUUUCAGGACAUUUCUAGAAGAAAGUAACUUCAGUCCCAUUCUCCAGGUGGAUGAGGUCCGCGGCGUGAUCCCCGAUGAUGCGAGCGCGGCAUUGCGCAAGCUUUACGAGGCCAAUGAUGCCUGUCCGGGUGCGGAUCAACAGGUUUACCGGCUGGCCAUUUUGAAUUUGGAGGAGAUGCUUGGUUGGGUUUAUGGCGGGAUGAGAGCCAAUACCAUUGCCGGGCGCUGGGCGAUCCGCUUGCCGGCGCGGUUUAUGGAAUGUCUACGCGAGCGGGAACCCUUGGCGCUCGUCAUGUUGGCGUACUAUGGCGUGCUCCUGACUUAUUUGCAGCAUCGGUGGUGUUUUGACGAGUGGUGUGUGAGAAUCCCCAAGGCUGUGUGGGCUAUUCUGGAUGAUCACUGGAGACCACUGGUGUACUGGGCUAUGAAGGAAACCCUCGGUGUUAACUACCUGGAGCGGGUGGAGGUUGACUGA